GGCUUAUCGUUGCCGUUGCCGGGGCAGAGCGGUGCCUGAAACGCAUCGACCACCCAGCAGAGUGACACGCUCCGUCCUGACCACGUCCUCCUCUUUAUCCAUCGUCUUGACUGUUGUCCAUUCACGACACACUCUCCCUCCCCCUUCGCCCUCUCCAUUUCUCUCUCAUCAACUGAAUAGAGAUAAUGGCCACGCUCGACAACCCGGGCGCGGGCAACGCCACCCCCGUGAUACCAGAGGCCCACCUCCCAGGCAACUCUGGUAUCACCACCACCACCACCUCGGCCGUUCCUCCGGCCGGUGCCCAAUCGCCAACCGCCACUCUCCGCCAGCGCAAGCGCCCCGACGUUGACUACACUGCCGAUGACGAGAGCGGCGAGGAUGACCAAGGCAAGGAAAAGGUCGAGGUCACUUGGGGCAAGACUCCCAGCGGCGUAGUCUUCCGCGUUCCUCAGACUCACUCGUGGGUCACGACCAUGCUCAACACGUUCCACCGCUCCUCUCUUACUCGCUGGACCGCCUUUUCGCUCUUUUCACAGCCGCUCCUUUUCUUCCUCCUCCGCAACUGGCCCACUACUCGCUCCGUCUUCUUCCUCAUCUACUUUGCCUUUUGGCGCUCGGCCUACGACUUUGGCUUUGCCUGGCUUUUGCGCAAGCAGAGCGAGGAAAAGUACAUCAUCCGCACCCUUCGCCGCUGGGGUUGGCUCGAUGUCAACUCUGAGUCUGGCGGCGAGGAGGGCCGUGAGUGGGCAAAGUGGUGGAAGCAGGAGCUUGAGAUGAAGAUGGGCGAGGGUUACUCGUGGGAGGCCCUCCCUGCCGAGUACAACUCGUGGCUCAUCUUCCGCCAGCUCGUCGACAUCGUCCUCCUCAACGACUUUGUCGCCUACUCUCUUUUUGCAUGGGCCAACCUCACUUUCCCCGCCAACCAGGGCAUCCUCACCCACAUCGCCCGCUGGAUCCUCGGCUGGACCCUCAUCAUCUUCAACCUCUGGGUCAAGAUGGACGCGCAUCGCGUCGUCAAGGACUAUGCGUGGUACUGGGGCGACGCCUUCUGGCUCAUGGUCAUGCAGCACGACCUCGUUUUCGACGGUGUCUACGAGAUCGCGCCCCACCCGAUGUACUCUGUCGGCUACGCCGGCUACUACGGCCUGUCGAUCGUUGUCGGCUCAUACACAGUUCUCUUCGUAUCGCUGGCCGCCCACGCCGCGCAGUUUGCAUUCCUCCUGUGGUUCGAGAACCCACACAUCGACCGCACUUACGGCGGCGCCAAGAAGCCUAUCGCUGCUCGCAUUCCAUUCGAUCUCAAGGCGCCCUCGUCGGUGACGAGCCAUGACGCGGCCGACAUUGCGACGCCUGGUAUCACCGAGGGUGAGACUGAGACCGAAGCCGAGAUUGUCGAUCUCCCGGAGCAGCGCGAGCCGAAUGUCAAGAUUCGCCCGCCCUCGGCGACGAUCAGCGAGUCCCUUCCUUCGGCCCGUGCAAAGCGCUCUCGUACCAUGUCGACGAGCAUGCACGACCUCACCCACCGCUUUUUCCGCAAGCCGGUUGUCAUUCUCUCGCGCAUUGACCCCUUCCGUGCGACGGACUUUGCGCUCGUUCUUUUGAUUGCCUAUGCUGUGUUCUCGCUCGUUCCCGCUCUCCCCAAGUCGGUCGGCCUCGCCGCUCAUUUCCUGCACGCAUUCGCAUGGCGCUUCUUCCACUCGUACGGUCUCGGCCUCGUCCUUCGCGCCCAGUCCAAGACCAAGUGGCUCGUCCGCCACUACCUUAAGAACUACCCUUACCCCAACGAAAACGACAUCCUUGAGGACGACACGGACGGCUCAGACGCGGACCAGAAUGUUGUGCGCCGCGCCACCGAGGAGGCCUUCCAGAACUGGCAGGUGGCCUAUAACAUUUCGCUUGUCAUGACAUAUGUUUCGUUCAUCGGCCUCGCGUGGAAGACUUACCACCUUCCCUCGGACUGGACCGUUUCCGGCACCAUGCUCCGCCACGUCCUCGGCGGUGCCCUCAUCGCUCUCCACCUCUGGUCAGCCGUCUCCACUGUCGAGGCCUUGGGCGAGUUUGGAUGGUUCUACUCGGACUUUUUCCUUAUCGAGCAGGUCCCGGCUCGCCUCGCCUAUCACGGCAUCUACCGCUUCCUCAACAACCCCGAGCGCACGCUGGGCGGCGCUGCCUUCCUUGGCCUCGCCCUCAUCUCCAACUCGCAGCUCGUCUUUUUCCUUGCCAUUUUCUCGCACCUGUCGCACUGGUGGUUCCUCAGCUUCGUUGAGCAGCCGCACAUGAAGAAGCUCUACGGUGACCGCCUCCGCAAGGACGGCGGCCUAACCAAGACGGUCAAGUCGAUGGCCGAAAAGCGUCUCGCGAAUAAGACCGCCAUUCCGGAGCUCAAACGCUACGUUGACGAGGUUCGCGACUCGAUCGAAAAGGUCGAGGCAAAGAUCACCACGGUGGUUGAGGAAUUGAUCGAGCAAGCCCGUCCCCGCUGGUCUGAGUUUGCCCACGACACCAAGAACUUUGUCAUGCAGGCGCGUCAGAAGACGCACUUUACGCGUAUCGCCUCCGACAUUUCCGCGUACGACAGAUCGCAGUACUCGAUCAACAUUGCCUCGUCGUCGUCGGCUUCGACCGUGCCCCGGUUCCAUGUCGGCCAGCCGAUCCGCGUGUCGUGGACGGCGCCUUCCAACCACUCGCGCAAGGACUGGAUCGGCAUCUACCGCCUCGGCUCGUGCAAGAGCGAGCUUGUCACGCGCAUCUCGAGCAUGGGCAAGUGGGUGCCCAUCUUUGAGGAGGAGUACGAGGGCGACGAGCAGUGCACGCCCUCGCAGCCGGUGUCGCAGGGCGACGCCGGCAUUGUCACUUUUAAGGGCAAGCGCCUUCCGUGGGCGCCUGGGCAGUACGAGCUGCGCUACCACCAUGACGGCAAGCACAACGUCAUGAGCACGAUCGCGCCGAUCGAGAUUUACGUCUCGAAGCCGAGUGACUUGCACAACUACCGCGCGGUGCAUGACGCCGUGCUCAACCUCGUUGUCCUCGCUCUUGAGGCCAACGUCUCCCUCGUGCCUCGCUCGGCACGCCAACGCGCCGAGACGAUGACGAGAUCGCCUGUUGUCGGCAGACGCCCUCUCGGCCUCGGCCUCAGCUCGCCCCCGGCAGCCCUCGCCCCGCUCUCUCCCAAGGCAGCCGGCAAGGCUCCGGCUGUGUCACAAGCCUCGACCGCGACUGCGAUCGGGUCGGCGCCGAACGCCUUCUCUGCCUCGCGCACCCCCCAACCGGCGGAAGCCGCCAGCCACGAUGGCCAACAAUCGCCGACCACCGAGCUGGCAAUGGAAUUGAGUGCCGAGUUAGAAGACCAGCCAGCACCCGACGAUCCGCUCGACGAAAAGCUACAAGACGCCGACGACUUUGUCAUCAUGGACGAGGUGCAAGCGAAGCGCAUCUCGGGACUGCUCAAACAGGCCUUUGGCGUGGAUCUCAGUACCGACGUGGUAAUCGCUGACGCAAAUGUCGCGGCGUUGGCGAAACGAGUCAUGGGAUCCCGACAUCUCGUGGACGGCAUGCAGCCGUUAGUAGAUGCCGAGUAGUCUGACUAUCUCAACCAUCUCAGCCCUAGCGGCAGACAUUUCCUUGCUUUGUAGCGCGCAGCCAGCGUCCUACGAUGUCAUACAUGUGAUCUUGAA